AUGCCAUGCUUCGUCGAUGCGUUCCAUUCUGGCAAUUGCACGCUCGACGGCUUGACGGACUGUGUCUGCACCAACAUCCCCCUGCAGGCCCACGCAUCAGCCUGUAUACAACAAGCGUGCGAGUUCGAUGACCAAGUCGCCACCGCCCGCAUCUCGCAGCGAUUGUGCGAGGGCUAUCCUUUCCCCGAGCGCAGAAGAUUCUCCAAAGUCUUCUCCAUCGGCCUACCUGUUAUCACGAUCCUCACUGUGGCUCUCCGAUGCCUGGCCCGAUUACAAGUUACCAACCAACUAUGGUGGGACGAUUGGACGGCACUGAUCGCUUUGGCAUUUUUGAUAGUCAUGUCCGGCCUUGGCUACGCAAAUGCUGCCAUGGGAUUUGGGCUUCACUAUUGGGAUAUCGACCCGGGAAAUGGCAAGACUAUUCUGCAGAUUUUCUAUGUCUUGCAAAUGCUCUACAUAUUUAUACAAGUUUUCGCCAAAGCCUCCAUCGCCUGCUUCUACUCCCGCGUAUUCACCAACCAGAAGUUCCGACUAGCAGUCAAGUUCUUCAUGGCAUUUCUGUUCACCCACGGCUUCAUGUUCCUUUUGUUGAUGGUGUUCCAAUGCCUACCGAUCCAGUCGAUCUGGGACCGAUCUAUCCAGGGUCGUUGCCUUAACGUCUCGGCAAUCAGCUACGGAGGCGCCGCUUGUAGCAUCAUUGAGGACAUCAUCUUGAUCGUCAUCCCCAUCCCAGAACUCAUGAAGCUUCAGUUGGGGAAGAAGAAGAGAUCAGCUUUGGUUUGCAUGUUUGCUGUGGGAUCCUUUGCCUGUGUCGCAAGUAUGAUCCGACUGAAAUACUUGAUUUCGUUUGCAAAUUCAUUUGAUUCUACUUGGGACAAUGUCGAUGUCGUGCUCUGGUCAUCAGUCGAGCUCAACCUAGCCAUCAUCUGUGGCAGCCUCCCAGCACUACGACCUCUCUUCAAGAAGUUGCCAAUCUUCUUCACCACCAUAAGAUCGACCGUACAGAGCGGGACAUACCGAAGAAAGUCGCAAGCACAGUCCACAACAGCGAUUCGCAAGUCUCACCAUUCACACGCCUCACAUGAAUCGAGCACACAGUCAUCGCCCGACAACUCUCCGCAGAAGCCACAUGCAGUCAAAUUGAGGGACUUCGGAGGCAGUUCUACGACGUGCGAUAAGGACGCACAUUAUACCUUCGAAAUGACAACUGAUGAGGAGAGCAGGGAUGACUUGGAGAGUCAGGACUGGGCACGGGCGUAUGGGAAAUAG